UCUCUCUCUCUCUCUCUCUCUCUCUCUCAGUCAGUUUUUGUUUUCUGUCUCUACACAAGUGACUGACGUUUUUCCACUGCUCUCUCCAGUGAACGGAUCUUUAAUAAUGGAGAAAGGACCCGCUCUCCCUCCAUAUUCUGGUCCUCAGGUCAACCACACUCAGUUCACACCUUACCCAGUACAAUACCAACCUCAGCCAGUUUAUCCACCUCAACCCAAAGAUGGUUUUGCUCCAGUGGUCCAGUCUUCACCAGCCCCUGUCAUAGUCACGCAGGUGGUAAUGGUGCCACCGAGUCUGAGCGAUGUCCCGGGACAGAUGAAAUGUCCUCACUGCCAGCAGCAGAUCAUCACAGAGACACGACACGUCAACGGUCUGCUCACCUGGCUCAUCUGCGGAGGUCUCGGCAUUCUGCUGAUCUGGCCGUGUUGUCUGAUUCCCUUCUGUGUGAGUUCCUGCAAGGAUGUAGAGCAUCGCUGUCCAAACUGCAAGCAUGUCGUCUUCAUGUACAAACGGAUGUAGCUCGCAGGUCUGGGAUGAUCUUCAGACAUAACACUGAACGAAUGUGACAGAAUUGUGUUGUAUUAGUCUUUUUUCUGUGCAUACAGUUGAAGGCAAAGUAUUAGCCCUGCGCUGUGCAAUGUUUGUUAUUUUGCAUUAUUUCCCAAGUGCACAUUUUUAUACAUAAUAGUUUUAAUAACUAAUAUCUAUUAACUAUUUCUUAUUAUAAUAAUAAUAAUAUUGCGACUUCCUGAUUUGUCCUUAAGUCGCUGGAGAGGCAGUGGGGGUCCUUUUGAUUUGUGACACGCUGAUGGUUGAGACAGACACGCUGACCCCAAGAUUUUAUUAACAAAACUUUAUAUAUUGUUGAAACGUGACAAACAAAACAUCAAUUUGUGGGUUAAAUACCUGUUGUCUAUGGAGCUGAUUAUUGCGUUGUAUAGAGUUGUUGCGGCUGCUGUGGCGUGUGCUGUGCCGUUGUUGCGUGUGCUGUGGCGGUCAACAAAAAAUACAGCUACCCCACUCUCCUUCUCUCCUCCUAACACCUGUGUGAUUGUGCACAAGCUUUAUUUGGUCUAGCAGGUGCCAGGUAGGCCCACGUGACUAAAAACAUUAAACGUCACUGUGAAACCCAAACUAAUCAGUAUACAAAUAAACAUUAUAAUUAAGUGAAAAGUAACAUGGCUCCUAUAAAUAAUAAUAACAGGAAAAUAUUUGAAAAAUAAUUUAAAUUUCUCAGCAGGUAUUAUAAUUUUGCCUUCAACUGCAUAAAGGACAAAGAUGACACUGAACUGAAGCAAUGUAAAUUUAAUACAGCUUUACUGUUUUCCAGGGGCGUAGCGGACAUUUUAAAUCUGGGGGGGAGAGGGGAUUGGGG